UAACGUGACAUUUUAAACGUAAUUUUGACCAGAAGUGCCUAAACGUGUGCGUGCCACUGAAAGCGGAACCUUUGAAAGACGCCGUUGUUUGACGUCGGAGUAUGAAUCCCGAACUAUCAACAGGAACCGGCGGAGGAGCAGCACCUCCUGGUGCAAACUGGUUGUUUUGUUUCUAGACCGUGAUGGAGCCCCGAGGAGCCCCCGCCGCCGACCUCCUGCAGCGGCCCUGGCUUCCUGUGAGCAUCAGCGGCUGCCAGCUCCUCGCCAAGAGCUGGUUUGGGGACACGGCGUACCACAUCCUGCUGACAGACAUUCACUGUGUGUGGGAGGAGAGCAUGGACUCAGCAGCCAUUCAGAAGAGAGCGCAGGAGCUGAACCGACGGUUGCGAGCGCCGGUCAAAGCUUUCUUCUCCCACCUGUGCGAGGUGGUUCAGCCCUGUCUGGCAGGAAGUGACGGGGGACCCGACGGCGACGCCCAGAUCUCCCUGACGCGUCAGGAGGACGGAAACGUCAGCAUGAAGCUGAAGAGUGAGCUGGCGGGGCUGCCCUUCUACUGGGAGUUCCACUGCACCCCCGCCCCCGUCACAGUGGCGUGUGUCCAGCUGGUGCGCCCCCUGCUGGUGAUGAGCCACCUGCUGCAGCGACAGGUGGAGCAGCUCGGAGGUCUGCUGGGGAGGAAGGACGCAGAGAUCCAGGACUACAGGGAGAACGGGGCCACGCUCAGCAGAGAGCGGCUGCAGACGGACGUCUUCGAGGAGCAAACCUACAGAGAGGGCUUCAUGUCAAAGGCUCUUCCUCUGCUGUGUUCCCAACAGUCGGACGCUCUGAGCUUCAGCGCCGACCUCCAACACCUGUACGCAGCCAUCGUCGCCCACGGCAACACACGGAAACGCAAACUGUCUGAGGAGCGCCCUGUUGAGGAGGAACAGCCGCCCGCCGAGGAAUCACACGUCACCUCGUCUUCAGCUGGAUCUGUCGUCAGCAGUGAAGCAGGUGAGGACCGGCAGGUGGACGCAGCUGGAGCCAAGAUGGCCGACACACCCACAGUAAAACAGUCUGUCCCGGUCAGGUCGAACCCUGCUGAGCAACCGUCUUCCAAACCAAAGAAGAAGAAAGUGGGUCUGUUCAGAUGAGCCCAGGCAGUAGGGUCGCACACACCCACCACCAUUCAGAACCUCACUGGGAAAAGUGCUUUUAUUUAAAAAUGGGUUCAUCUUUAAAACUUUUUUUAUUCUUAAACUUUUAUUUUGAAAAGAAAAAAAAGCUUUUAUAGUUUAGGACACAUGAGCUGGUUUUAAUUAGGGUUUAGAUUAGCUGACGUAGAAGGUUUUAUGGGUUAAACGUUAAUUAAAUCAUAAUAAUAAAUGUUUUUUUAUAUCUGGAUUCUGUUGGAUUUUAGAGGAGUCAAGCAAUUUGUGAAUUAAAGAUGUAAAUAUAA